AUGAAUUUUAACAACAUCUUUAUUCCUCCUCAUAACAAUAAUGCACAGUUACUUGCGGUUCAAGUAAGAAACGGUAAUAGAAUUCGAGUAUUAAAGGGGGCGGAUUUAUUGAAACGAAACAUACAAAACGAAGCAAAUCGAUUACAUGUGUAUGGUCGAUAUAUAAUUGACCUAGCAACAAAACGCAUAUGGAAUCACCGUUUAUCAACAUUUCAAAGAUAUCAAUUUAUAACUUUAGCAAAUAGCGUAAACAAUAUCAACCGAAGACGACUAUCGCAAAUUCGCAUGACAAAUAACGUUGACACUCUUAAUAGAAUUUCGCAAAUAGCUCUACAGCAAGCGACAAAUAGCACAUUCGAGACCAACUUUUUCAAUGGAGUUAAUUUUCCCUAA